AUGUUGAUCUUCCCCACAAUCGCCACUCUCGUGGCUCUCUCAACCUCCACCACCGCCCUUCUGCAUCCCCGCUCGAUCACUCCCCCAGACGGAUGUCCCAUCCCCACCUGGGAAGUUACCACUUUCCACUGGUACAACGGUUCAAAGAGCCUGGACUGUGUCCAUAAUCAGGCCGACAUCAACUUCAAAGAUUGCCUCUGCGGUCAUGGCUGGUGCGCCCCCGACCCUGCCACCUGCAACGGAAGCAUGGUCAAUGUUUGCUGGACCGGGAUGCCCAAUUACCAGCCGUGGGGCUAUGGCCCUCCUGAGACACUUGACAUCGACUUCGCGGAUGGACUGACCUGUCAUGAUGAGUACAUCGGGUAUCGAGUACAUGACAUCGGAAACGGAGCAUCUAAUUGUGGAUACGCGGAUCGCGGCGAGGGAAGGAUCGUCUCUUUUUAUGGUAGCUCCAAUUAUGCGACGUCUACCGGGCACAUGGAUUAUGUCCUGGGAGAUGGGCAUGCGCUGGAAUGUGCAAAUGGUAGCUUGAUCACUUACUCUGGGAGCACGGAUUUUACUUUGUCAUGCACGCACGAUGAGUAUUUCAAUGCGACGUUCCGUACUCAGUAUACUUCUGAGUCGUCUUCAGAUGGCCAAGGGUACUGUCAUAUUCUUUCCAACUAG